AUGGCAAGCUCAUCACCACUCAGUGUGGGCACUGAAGAAUAUAAUCAAUCUCAAUUCAUGAACAACAACGAGUUCAAAAUUCAAACGCAUGGUUCGCAACGAUUUCUCGAGCAGUGUCAUGUAUGUGGAAGAGAAGUUGUUGCUGAGCAUACUCUGGGAAUGAGAAAGGGUAUUGAUGACUCAGCACAAGCUAGGGCCUGGUGGGCCACGCUUAUCUUAUCACAGCCCGCGUUCGAUCCCUUGAUGCUAACAAAGUUCAGGCUUGCCAUCAACAAGUGUAACGAUAGGACUGACAACUCAUUGACCCAAUCCGCCUUGAGCUCCAUGAGUAUUUCAUGGAAUAUCACAAUGUUAUCGUGUGCUAUGUGA